GACGCAAACACAACCACGCAAAUACAGCACCCGACAGCACGCACCCAAGGACAAUUCAAACUCCAAUUGACCGCCACCAUUCUAGCCAAUGAAAGACGAAAAAAAAUUAUUCGCGGAAAAUAUAACACGAGACAACCUAUAUACUCACCCAAAGAUUAUAGAUGUCCGAGACAAAUGCCCCUGUUAUAAGUCCAAUAAAAAGUUUUUUGGCUGGUGGGUUCGGAGGUGCCUGCUGUAUUACAAUUGGUCACCCAUUUGACACUAUAAAGGUUUGCUUUGUAUAUAUUAAUCAUAGUUCUUAUUAAAUUUAACUACAUGUUAUUCUUGUGUAGAAGUUUUAUGUGACCACUUUCGUCAGGAAGUCAUUAGUUUUUUAAUAUACGAAUACGCAGACCUUACCUCGCACUCUAAUGUUAUUGAUAGAUUGGGAUUUUCAUACUUUGUACAUAUUCUACAGUCGUUUCAACAUGCUCUUUUCAUGAUGAAAGUUAAUUUUCGAGCAAAACCUUGCAACUAGAGCUGUGUCAGACUGCAGACAAUGCCUCAUGUCAGGGCAGGAUCAACACCUUUAUAUUAUGGAACUGUUGAUUGUAUUAAGAAAACUGUAGCUGCAGAUGGCAUCUUAGGUCUGUACAAGGGUAUGGCGGUACCUGUUGCUGGAGUCGCACCUGUAUUCGCCACCUGUUUCUUCGGGUACAAUCUAGGCAAAAAGAUUUUCGCCAAAGAUCCUAUGAACUUAAGAAAACAUGAACUUCUGUUGGCGGGGAUGUUCUCCGGUAUUUUUACUACCGCAAUUUUAGCUCCAGGAGAACGCAUUAAAUGUCUUUUGCAGGUUCAGUCUAAUUCUUGUGGACCUGUGAAGUAUAAGGGACCGGCUGAUGUUUUCCGUCAGUUGUAUCGCGAAGGUGGACUUCGGAGUAUUUACAAAGGGACAGCUGCAACUCUCUUACGAGAUAUUCCUUCGUCUGGAGUAUAUUUUCUGACUUAUGAAUGGAUAAAGGAACUACUACGAAAUCCAUACGCCAAUAAUGAAUUGGGUGUUGGAAAGACGCUCUUCGCCGGUGGAAUGGCAGGUGUCUUCAACUGGGUGGUAGCUAUUCCUCCAGAUGUUUUAAAAUCUCGUUUACAGAGUGCCCCUGAAGGCACCUAUCCAAAUGGCAUUCGAUCAGUAUUCUCUGAACUUAUUGCAAGAGAAGGAUUUUUCGCUCUCUACCGAGGAGUCACUCCUGUUAUGCUUCGUGCAUUUCCUGCAAAUGCGGCAUGUUUCCUUGGUUACGAAGUUGCUCUAAAGUUCUUGGACUAUGCAUUUCCAAAUCUGUAAAAUAACUCACUCACUCACUACUGCUCAGAUUAUUACUUCCAAACAGAGAAUCGUUGUCAUCGAACCGUUAGUUACUAGCUAUCAUCAAUCGACUGCCUUUCCAUUUCAUACUUUGUAUUAUCUUUUCUUCCUGAAAAUCUUGAAAUACGUCAUCAUGGUUGUGAUAGUCAUUUAUGAUAAUAAUCGAUUCAGUUUGUAAAGUUACUGACGUUGUUUUACAAUACAAUACACUUUAUAUGAUCAGGCAUACUUUUAGAGGUUUGGCUGUGUAGUGUAUGGAAGGUGUGUUUUCAUUCUGUCUUUCUAAAAUCUUAUGACGAUUGUCGUUGUAUUUGAAAAAAAAUAAAAUCAAUACUGUUACUAGGAAGAGUAUUCUGGAUAAGAAAUGUAACAACAGCUUAUUUGUAGGCUGCACUGCAGACUUUUCGUUUUGACUUCAAUAGGAAGGCAUUUCUGGUUUUUUCCCUUCAUUAUUA